CCUGCACUGCUGAAACAACAGCAUCUGAAACUGCACUGGGAACUGUGGAACCACCCAGCUUAGCAGCAGCCACAGAGCAGUAGCUUGGGUAGGGAAAGCAAGAGCAAGGCAGCUUGCUUGGCUGGGCAUCCUUUCAAACUGCUGCAGGCUGCUGCUCUCUCAGCCUGGCUGGGAACAUGGGAGGCUCUCAGUCCUUACUGAUGGAGAAGGUGCUUCCACUGUGGGAUGCUACUGAAAUAUGUCAGGGCUGGGCUCAGAAUCUGGGCUUUCUGCAAGUCAUCUAAAGUGAGGUUCUCUUGCUGACAUUUGCUCUUCUAUUAAAGGAUCCUGACUUGGUGGGAUUUAUGCUCUGCUCUGUUUGUUGUUGUGAUUGUUUUGCCUUUUUCUGCCUCAGCUCUUUGCUACACAGCUUCAUUUCUCUCCUUCGGUGCCCAUUCUGGUUAACUUUCCUCUGUGUGGGUUUAAGUUUUGCCUGGAUAUUGCCAGAUGGUCUCAGCUUCUUUUCUCCGUCUCUUGCCUACUCUGGAUAUGCUUUUUUCCCUCCCAUUUUCAGAUUCAAUCCCCUUCAGUGCUGAUUUGGGGGCUGCUUAGAAAAUGUUGCUUUUCUUCACAGGAGCUGCUUGCAUCCAUGUAACCAAGGCUUGUAAAUGAUGAGAAUCAUGGAUUGAUCGUACUGUUUUAGACUUCGAUGGAAGAUCUCAUCCUCUGAUUACAUUUAGUGAAGUGAUCCCACUUUAUCAUUUAAAACACUUUAUCAGUUGUCGUGGUCAUCAUAUCUGGACAUUUGAAAAACAAACCCUGCAACUUCCUUUUCAUUUUCCAUUUCAUCCCUUCCCCAGCAGACCUCAGUCUUCUUAAAUGUUAGAAGACUUGGGAGAAUAGAUCGAGGAGCCUUACUUAAAUCUUGGAUGUGAGUGAGAGUUCUGCCAUAUCUCGUGGUUGGUUGGUUUAAAAGUACAAUGGCCUUGAGUGGAAACUGCAGGACUUACCUCCCUCCUCGAGAGCAAACGACUGCUGCACAAUCCUUCCCGGAGGUGAUAGAACUGAAUGUGGGUGGCCAAGUUUACUUCACUCGCCACUCCACUUUAACAGGCAUCCCCCACACCCUGCUUUGGAAAAUGUUCACCUCAAAAAGAGAGACAGUCAAUGACCUAGCCAAGGAUUCCAAGGGAAGGAUUUUCAUUGACAGAGAUGGCUUCUUGUUCCGCUACAUCCUGGACUAUCUCAGGGAUAAGCAGGUGGUCCUGCCUGAUCACUUUCCAGAACGAGGACGGCUCAAGAGAGAAGCUGAGUACUUUCAGCUACCGGACUUGGUCAAACUCCUGACUCCUGAUGAGAUCAAGCAAAGUCCCGAUGACUAUUGUCAUAGUGAUUAUGAGGAGGUUUCCCAAAGCAGUGACACUAGGAUAUGCGCCCCAUCAUCACUUGUUCCCUCAGAUCGAAAAUGGGGCUUCAUUACCAUUGGCUACAGGGGGUCCUGUAGCAUGGGCAGGGAGACCCAAGCAGAUGCCAAGUUCAGGAGAGUCCCAAGGAUUUUGGUUUGUGGCAGGAUUGCUCUGGUCAAAGAAGUUUUUGGAGAAAGUCUGAAUGAGAGCAGAGACCCAGACCGAGCUCCUGAUAGAUACACCUCCAGGUUCUACUUGAAGUUCAGGCACCUGGAGAGGGCAUUUGAUAUGUUGUCGGAAUGCGGAUUCCACAUGGUUGCCUGCAAUUCCUCAGUGACUGCUUCUUUUGUCAAUCAGUACACUGAUGACAAAGUUUGGUCCAGCUACACGGAGUACGUCUUUUAUCGUGAGCCUUCUAGGUGGUCUUCAUCACACUGUGAUUGCUGCUGCAAAAAUGGCAAAGGAGACAAAGAAGGCGAAAGUGGCACAUCCUGCAAUGAACUCUCCACCUCAAGCUGUGACAGCCAAUCAGAAGCCAGCUCCCCUCAAGAGACUGUCAUCUGUGGUCCAGUCACCCGCCAGUCCAAUAUACAGACUCUGGACCGACCAAUCAAGAAGGGCCCAGUGCAGCUACUUCAGCAGUCCGAAAUUCGGAGGAAAAGUGACCUGCUCCGAACUCUCACUUCUGGCUCUAGGGAAUCCAACUCUAGUAAAAAAAAAUCAGUGAAAGAGAAGCUUUCAAUUGAGGAAGAGUUAGAAAAAUGCAUCCAGGAUUUCCUCAAAAUUAAAAUCCCAGACAGGUUUCCAGAAAGGAAACAUCCUUGGCAAUCUGAACUAUUGCGGAAGUAUCAUCUAUAGGAAUGGCAUCAGGGCAAGGAAAAUCACCUUUAUUACAAUUUAUGAAAUGAGUGUCUACAUGAUAAAAGGAAUAAAAUAAUGAUGAUAAUAAUUUGUUAGGUCAUGAAAAAUAAUCCAUCGCUAGAGUACUGCCUAAUUUGCCUGAUUCACUGAAACAUUUUGAGUCACACUAUAUACAAUAUAUCACUCUAUGUAUGAAUAUAUAUAUUUUUAUCUUCUUAAAAUAGGAGGAUUAACAGUGCAUCUAUUUGUUAAUCUCCAAACAUAGCUUGCAGUGCCACAAGCACAUGAAAAUGAACCCCUGGAAGACAUGUGCAAUAUGAUUGUGGCAGUUCUAAAGUGGAGGAAAUUUGUCCUGUGAUCUGGCAGAGCUUGUGGUGGGUGGUGAUUUUCUAAGCUGCAUGCCUUCUUGAGUUCUCCUUUAACAUCAUUCCUUUGAGAGAGGUCCAGAAUGGGCAAGUACCCAUAAUUUCGAAAGAAAAAUUAACAAUAUGAUGUCAGUUUACACCAGGAAAGAGUGUAUAUAAUACAUUUCCAUAACACACACAUUCCCCUCCUUUGAACUGUGUCUUCCCUCAAAUGAAAUUACCAUGAAUCAUUGGGUGAUCUAUGAACCCCUGUAGAAUUAUGUACAGCUUAUGCAUUCAUCCCAUUCUUUUUCUAGUCUUGAUUUCUGGCGAGGUGAGGGAGGAAAUCAUAGUUGGCUCUGUUUACACCCCACAGAUGUUGAUGGGCCACAGACUGCACUCAGUUUAGCAGAGAACAUCUGAAAAUUCAAUGAUUGCAAUCCAGAAGGCUGUGUGCACAAAAUAAUACCUUUUUUGUAUUCACAUCCAAAUUACAGUUGGCCAACCAUCUCUUUUACCUUUGGGGAGUUUAAAAAGAAGAUCUAAAGAUUCAGUAAAGGGAGCUGUGGAAAUAAAUACUUUAGAGUUUUAGUAUUUUUCGCAGUGCACAUAUAUUCGGAAUUGUUGCCAGGUAGCCAACUUCUUGUUUAACUGGUCUUGCUGCUGUGUCCACUUGGUAUGUACACAGAAAUUAAUUACAGGUAUAUUUUCUUUGGGCUAAAUCCAGUGUUUGUCCCAUGUAGAAUAGACUCCUUAACCUCAGUGGAUUCUCUGUAAGUGGAUUUAAAUCGGCAGUAUUCAUUCCAGUGAGUCCUCUCUAAUUAGGACUUAAAUUGGAUUUAGCCUUUUAUCUCCAUACUGUAAAAGAUUUAUCAUUGAAAUGUUUGCAUAUCAGGUGAAGGGAUGAGGUAGGGUCAAUUUAAAAAGAAAAUGGCAGCCCUUACUGAAUCCAAGAGAAAAAUGUUUACUAUUGCCUUUUUUUCUAGUGGAUAUUGGUCAAAAGAAGUUGAGAUCAGUUCUAGCUAUGUGCAAAAAUCACCCUUUUAUUAUUAUUUUUUGUUAUCUCUGUAUCAUUUAGGCUACUUUGUCUUCUUUGCCAACUUCCUCACACUGCACAAAGCUUUCAGAUUUCCCAAGGGGUUUAUCACACGGGAGGAAUUUCUCUUAAUUUCGAAUGAAAAGAAAG